GCAAACAUAUGGUUCCAUUAUUUAUUUGUUUGUUCAAUUUCGUUGACGAAGAAAGAGUUGAGUGGUGGUGGAGCUGCGGGGAAAACACAUUUAACUUAUAUCUACAAGUGCAUUUGAGCUUAAUUAGUUGAGAUGGCGGAGGGAGAUGAUAUUCCAUCCCUUGUUAUUGAUAACGGCACUGGAUCGAUUAAGGCUGGAUUUGGUGGUGAUGAUGUCCCACGAGCAGUCUUCCCUACUAUCGUGGGUCAUCCUCGACAUACAGCAGGGGUCAUGGUGGGGUUGGGGCAGAAGGAUGCUUACGUUGGGGACGAAGCUCAAUCGAAAAGUGAUAUCCUGACCUUGAAGUACCCAAUUGAACAUGGUGUUGUCAGCAACUGGGAUGACAUGGAGAAGAUUUGGCACCAUACAUUCUACAAUGAGCUCAGUGUUGAUCCUGAAGAUUACACUGUUCUGCUCACAGAGGCACCUCUCAACCCCAAGGCUAACAGAGAGAAGAUGACUGAAAUUAUGUUUGAGACCUUCAACGUUCCAGCUAUGUAUAUCACCUCGCCGGCCGUCCUUGCACUGUAUGGUAGUGGGCGCACGACUGGGGUAGUGCUCGAUUGUGGUGAUGGGGUCUGUAACGCUGUUCCUGUUUAUGAGGGGAAUGCAUUAACCCAUGCUAUUAUGCGGUUGGAUCUUGCUGGUCGUGAUCUCACGGAUUAUCUCAUUAAGAUGCUGACUGAUAGAGGCUACAUGUUCAACACCAAUCUAGAACAGGAGAUUGUUCGUGACGUGAAGGAGAAGCUUGCAUACGUUGCACUGGACUUCGAGCAGGAACUGGAGACUGCAAGGAACAGCUCUGCAGCAGAGAAGAGUUACGGGCUGCCUGAUGGACAAGUAAUCACCAUAGGUGCUGAGAGGUUCCGCUGUCCGGAAGUGUUGUUCCAACCAUCAUUGAUUGGAAUGGGAGCUGCAGGCAUUCACGAAACAACCUACACCUCCAUCAUGAAGUGUGAUGAGGAUAUUACGAAGGAGCUCUAUAGAAACAUUGUGCUCAGUGGUGGCUCAACCUUGUUCCCUGGUAUUGUUGAUCGUAUGAGGAACGAAAUAACAGAUCUUGCUCCGAGAAGCAUGAAGAUUAACGUGGUCGCACCACCAUAUAGGAAGUACACUGUCUGGAUUGGAGGAUCUAUUCUAGCAUCCCUCGGUACUUUCCAGCAGAUGUGGAUCUUACAGGGAGAGUAUGAUGAAUCUGGUCCCGCACUCAUUCACGAGAAGUGCUUCUAAGCUGCUGAUCGUAUGGUUUGCAUCCCUUUUGUGUUUGUGUUUGGUAAUUUGGGACAGCAGCAGCAGUUGUGUCUCUUGUACCAGUUCAAGUUGGGACGUAGUUUGGGUCGGAUUGCGGUAAUGAGCUCAUGGAGUAAUUCUGUAAGGUCCCUGCCCUCGUUGGUCUGGCAAGAGUAACAUCUGCUUCAUUUUUUCGUUUCUUUUAACGUUCUGGACCUCUGGUUGAAGUGUAUGCACCUCCGUGCCAUAAUAUUUUACUCACUUUUAAAUAGCUUUUCAA